AAACAGAAAAGAAACGCAAAACGGGCAACGACUCAAACAAAGAAACUAAAAUUGAUUUAUUCAAUUGAAUAAAUAGAAAAAUAAGAAAAAAAAAAUAAUAGUGUUUCUAAGAAUUUGUUUACACUCUUGAGAAAAAAAAAGAAUCCUCAUCACCCCCAUUCCAAUGGGAAACUUACGCGGUUUAUUCAGUUUUGAAUUUUUAGCCAGUAACUGAAGUGUCACAACCCGGGGAUUUACCACUCGUAAGAAGUUCAAUUACUCCCCAACAGAGUGUGAAUGCGUUUUAUCGUCUUAAUAAGUGUCUAGAAUAAAUAAACGUUCCAACAAAGGAAUCAAAUUAAAUAAUUACUACAUAAACAAGUGUGCAGACUAGAGUAAAUGAUCUUCUUGGUUUUGUGUAGCCAAAACAGCCGCAAAAACCUAAAUAAAGGUUAUUGGUGGCAUCAUAACGGCUGGUAUCGGUGGUGAGAUAAACGUCAAAGAGCAAUUGUCAAAGAAAUUUCAAGAGAAAUCAAUUUCCAACGGUGUGUUUACUUCGUCAUAAUUUGUGCUCUCUGGGAGAAUUUUUUAUAAGUCUUCAAAAUGGACGGCGCCAUCAUACCGACCAAAGAGAAUCCCCGCCUGCACGCGGGUAUAUUUUCUCAGCUCUUUUUCAACUGGAUAAUGUCGUUGUUGUACAAAGGUUCGAAAAGAGGUCUCACUGAAGAGGAUUUACCCAAGUGUCUGCCAGAUGAUGAGUCCAAAGUGUUGGGCGAUAAAUUACAAAAAAAUUGGCUUAAAGAGCUAGGCAAAGCUGCAAACGGACAUCGCCUACCUAAGCUACGAAAUGCAGUUUGGCAUACUUUCUGGCCCUUGGCGGUGACAGAUGGUUUUAUUUGCUUGAUCUAUAUAAUGCUAAAAUCCCUAAUUCCCUUGUUCUUGGCACAAUUGCUUGUGGAAUUACCCAAUGCCUAUAAGCCCGAUCUUUUGGAGGUGGGAAUUGCAAAUACUACAUAUGUGGCCGUUUCGACCCUCGAUGGUGAUGCAUGGAGCCCUUGGGACUGGCUGUCAUGGCUUUGGCAUGAUACCUACUGCUUGGGUGGCCUUUUGGUGGGCUCCACUUUGAUUGGUUGCUUCAUGAAUCACCAUGUAGAUCAGAGACAAAAACGUAUGGGUGCCAAAAUGAGAAUUGCUUGUUGUUCUCUGAUUUUUAGAAAAGCUACCAAACUCUCAUUGAAAUCUGCAGGGGACAUUUCUGCGGGUCAUAUAGUCAACCUUCUAUCCAACGACGUCAAUCGUUUGGACAUUGGCUUCGUUUUUGCCCACUACUUGUGGAUUUUACCCAUCCAAACUGUACUUAUUGGCUAUCUGAUUUGGCUGCGCAUGGGCUAUGCCGCUAUUAUUGGCGUUGUUGCUCUCUUAUUGCAAACGAUUCCCUUGCAGUUAAGUCUAAGCAAAUGGACCGCCAGGCUGCGCAAACGCAUUGCCAUACGCACUGAUGAUCGCAUCAGCAAAAUGAAUGAAUUGAUUCGCGGCAUUCCGGUUAUUAAGAUGUACUCUUGGGAGAAGUCAUUCGAGAAGAAGAUCAAGGAAGCUAGGCGUUUGGAGAUACAGGAGACUCGCCGUGCUGCCUAUUUGCGGAGCUUCUACUUGAGUAGCAUGAUAUUGCCAGAGCGCAUAACCUUGUUCAUUACCAUUGUUGCCGCCGUUCAAAUGGGAGUUACUAUGACGGCCGAUAUGAUAUUCUCGAUUGCCAAUUUGUAUCACGUCUUUCAGCUGGUAGCGGGUAUUUUCUGUCCCAUGGGAAUUUCUUUUGCCGCCGAGGCAUUUACAUCUUUGAAUCGUAUUGAAAAGUUUUUACUCUACCAUGAUAAGAAAACGAUAGAGGGUCGUGCAAGACCAACUCGUUUCAAUGCCAUUGAAAUGGAAGAUGUCGAAGCAUCCUGGACUGCCAACAGUGACACUGCCAUACCCAUUGAGAAUGUCUCUGCAAAAGAUCCAAGCAUGCAGAAACUGAUACCUCUUGCAAAGACUCCUAAAGCGACGCUGCAGAAUAUCAGCUUGGUGAUACCUCAUGGAACAUUAUGUGCAAUUGUGGGACCAGUUGGAGCUGGCAAGAGCUCCAUAUUCCAUGUGAUUUUAGAUGAACUUGAGCACCAAAGCGGCAGCGUCAAAGUAGACGGUCCAAUUUCUUAUGCUUCGCAAGAUGCCUGGCUAUUUCCGACAUCUGUAAAAUCGAAUAUUGUAUUUGGACAAAGAGAAGAUGCUGAUCGUUACCAAAGCGUCAUCGAAAGUUGUGAGCUGCUAGCCGAUUUUAAGCAACUGCGUCACGGAGACAAAACCUUGGUGGGAGAAGGUGGUGCCUCAUUAUCGGGCGGUCAAAAGGCGAGGGUAAAUCUAGCACGAGCUGUUUACAAUGAAAAUGCCUCCGUAUACCUAUUCGACGAUCCCUUAAGUGCGGUGGAUGCUCGUGUUGGACGAGAACUGUUCAACAACGUUAUUGGUCCAAAUACCAGGUUGCUGCAAGGCAAAACCAGAGUUUUGAUAACACACCAGAUGCAGUACUUAAAGUACGUAGAUCAAAUCAUUUUGGUUCAGGAGGGCAAGAUCACAGCCGCGGGCAAUUGGGAAAAUAUGCGAGAAUAUCUUUCGGAUCAGGUUUUGGAUUUGGCAAACAGUAGUCCUUUGGAAGGCGAGGUAAAUCAAAUUAAUGAAACUGACAACCAACUGCUUGCCAAUGGCGUGUCAGAGGAGAAGGAAAACGGCUUCCACAAAUUGCUUCCUGCAAACGACUCCGAUGACAAUAAAUUGGUGGCCGAAGAUCAGGGUAAAGGAACUGUUAAGGCCGCAAUCUGGUGGGAAUAUUUUCAUGCAGGCAAUAGCGUUGCUGGUUUGCUGUUCAUUGCCUUCAUACUGUUGAUAUCGCAGGUGAUUUGUAGUGGUGCGGAUUACUUUGUCAACGUGUAUACGAAAAUAGUCUUCAUGGAUCUUUUGAAUCAGACAAUCGCCAUUUCCGAGGACACGUGUCUCAUUAUCUACACUGCCCUCAUAGCAGCUGUAGUUAUUAUGAUCAUACUUCGUUGCUAUCUCUUCCUGAAAACAUGCAUGCACGCCUCCAAAGUACUUCACGAACGAAUGUUCUCUUGCAUUCUGAAGGCAACCAUGAGUUUCUUUGACGAAAAUCCCUCGGGUCGUAUCUUGAAUCGCUUCUCUAAAGACAUGGGUGCCAUGGAUGAGAGCUUGCCCAGAUUUAUGUCGGAAUUCACGCAUUUGGCCCUAGUAAUGUUGGGUGUUUUGGUGGUUAUAUGUAUUAUGAAUCCCUUGCUUCUGGCAGCUGUGUUCCUUGUGGCACUGAUUGACUAUUUCAUCAUUAAACUUUACCUGAGAGCGUCUCAAGAUCUUAAGCGUUUGGAGGGAAUAAGACGCAGUCCAGUCUUUUCGCACGUAUCAUCUUGCCUACGGGGCUUGGCUACCAUAAGGUCACGCAAUUUAGAAAAUAGCAUGGUCGAAGAAUUCGACAGACUGCAGGACCUUCACAGUGCAGCCUAUCACCUGACUCUCACUUCUAACACAGCAUUGGGCUUGUGGUUGGAUUGUGCCAACGUUUGCAUACUCUUGAAUUUCGUGACGUUCUCUUUCAUUAUUUUUAACAACGGAACCUACAGCGGCAAUGUUGGUCUUGCCAUUACCCAGGCUAUGAUGUUAACCGGCAUGGUACAAUAUGGUCUACGCCAGUUGGGCGAAUCUUUCCAGCAAAUGACUAGCGUUGAGCGAAUUUUGGCCUACACUAAACUGGAGCAAGUCGAAAAGAAUGAAAACAAACUUAAGCCCCAUAACUGGCCACAAUCUGGCAAAAUCGAAUAUCGCAAUGUCUCAUAUCGACACAAAGAAAAUGGAAAAAAGGUUUUACAAAACUUGAACUUUGAGGUAGAGUCUGGUUCGAAAGUAGGCAUAGUGGGACGUACAGGCGCUGGAAAGACCUCAAUGUUAUCCUCACUGUUUAGAUUAUAUGAUGUCCAAGGACAAAUCAAAAUAGAUGGUCAAGAUUGUGCCGACAUUGAUUUGCACCAAUUACGCUCCAGCAUUGCGGUGAUACCUCAGGAGCCGGUGUUAUUUAAAGGAACCAUAAGAUACAAUUUGGAUCCAUUCCAGCAGCAAGGAAAUGACGACAGCAAACUGUCGGAAGCUUUAUACAAAGUUGGCCUCGGCGCAACCUUAGCUCUUGACUCUGAGGUAGCCGAAUCUGGCAGUAACCUGAGUAUUGGACAACGCCAGCUGCUCUGCUUAGCCCGUGCCAUUUUGCGUGAAAAUAAGAUUCUAGUCUUAGAUGAAGCCACUGCCAAUGUUGAUGAAACCACUGAUUCAGAAAUUCAAAAAACAAUUCGCACCCAUUUCAAAACAUGCACUGUUCUAACCAUUGCCCAUCGCUUGAAGACGGUUAUGGACUCUGACCGUAUACUAGUAUUAGAUGCUGGCAAGCCAAUGGAGUAUGAUGUUCCCUAUGUACUUUUGCAAAAUCCCAGAGGCUUUUUGCGUCAAAUGGUUAAUGCUACUGGUGAUGGAUCUGCAGUAUUAUACCAAAUCGCAGAGGAAGCCUAUAAGAAAUCUUAAAAACAUGACAAUUUC